GUUUUGUUUUUUACCAACUACUGUAAUUUUGAAUGUUUGUCACAAGAGCGUGCUAGAGUGCUGCAGUACCUGUUGAAUGUACGUUGUAUGGCGCAAAUGAAAGGUCAAAUGUUUGCUACUAGUUAGAAUAGUAAUAAUAUGAAGUUACUUCAAAGCUUUGGUGGCUUUACUGUGACGCGGGGAGAAGUAAAGAAAGAGAGAGCGGUAACACAAACAGUUGUGUUUGCACUCCCCGCUCAGUGUUAGAAACGACUUCUCCAGCAAUGUUGACAUGUCCGUCCUCUAUUACACGCUGUUUCCGCGUACGCAUUGAUUACUAUGUUUUUGCGAGCAUCGGAACGGGCGUUUUCGCACGAAAAGGACAACUUGAGAGUCGCUGAGUGAGCGCGAGUGAAAGAAGCGGAAACUGAAGCAUGACUGUUGCUUCAGACAUGGAGCUCGAUUUGCGGGGACUCUUUGAGCAAAACAGCACCUUUGACUACACGGACUAUGAGUAUAAGGAAGAAUGCCAUCCUAGUAACUCCUCCAAGUUCUGGGCCAUCUUCAUCCCCGUCCUACACUCUCUGGUGGUUGUUUUGGGGUUGAUGGGCCACAGCCUGGUGCUGGGGGUGCUGUGGCAGAAGAAGCAGAGCUGGAGCGUGAUGGACAUUAUCAUUCUGCACCUGACUGUGGCCGACACCCUGCUGCUUCUCACAAUGCCCCUGUGGGCGGUGGAGGCAGUGCAAGGAUGGACCUUUGGCACUCCGCUCUGCAAGAUCACUGGAGCACUGUUUAAGAUCAACUUCUAUUGUGGCAUCUUCCUGCUGGCCUGCAUCAGUCUGGACCGUUACCUGUCUGUUGUCCAUGCUGUGCAGAUGUACUCUCGUAGGAAGCCUCAGCUGAUCCAGCUCAGCUGCAUUACUGUGUGGUUCUUCUCUCUGCUGCUCUCUAUCCCUGAUUGGAAGUACCUACAGGCUGCCAGAGACCAAAGGCAAGAAAAUAUGGAGUGUGCCCACAGUUAUUCUUCUCCAAGGUGGGGUCUAGCCUCCCGUUUGCUCUACCAUGUGUUGGGAUUCUUCCUUCCAGCCGUCGUUCUGCUCUACUGCUACGGUUGCAUCCUGGUGCGGCUACAGCGAGGCUCUCGGUGUGCGCAGAAAAAGAGGGCCAUACGUGUCAUCCUGCCCCUGGUGCUGGCAUUCUUCAUCUGUUGGACCCCCUACAACAUUGCCCUCCUGGUGGACACGAUACAUCUCGAUCACAGAGGCUCGGCAGAGCCGUCAGGAACAUGUGAGCAGCACAGAUGGACAGCAGUGAAGCUCACAGCAGUCCUGGCUUUUCUCCACUGCUCUGUCAACCCUCUGAUCUACAUAAGUCUCUCUGGGAAAUUUCGCUGCUGGGUGUUAACCACCCUAAAAGGCUGCAGCCGUGCACUGGAAAGUGGGGACGUUUCCCUGUGGGAUUCGGGAGAUGUGGUUGACAAAAGUUCACUGCAUGCAAUGAAAGACUUUAAACAGCCUCCUGAAAAGCAACAGACAGACGAAGUGCUUUGAUGAGGAUCCGGUCAUGUAUUCAGACCUGAACUGUGAGUCUAAUGUUUUAUAAUUUAAGGAAACAAUACACUGGGUAGGUUUUAAGGUUGUGUAUCCCUAAACUCAUGUCUGAAGAGAAGAGACUGAUUGUACUGCAAUGAGAAACAAAUGCUAGACUACUAGUACAUCCUUGUGUUCUACUAAUAUGUCGUCUUAUAUGUAAAACAUGCUGUAUUUAUUUGUCAUUUUAUGCAUGUUAUCUGUAACCUUUCUGUAGUUUGAUUUGUGUGAUUGAUUGUUUGUCCCCUUAAACCUUAUGUAACUUGGUGGUAAUAGGGGAAGAUGUUGAUAUUGCUUAGUUUCUCCCAUACAUCAUAAUGGGGUUUUUUUUUGUCCCACCAGUGAGUAAGGAUCAUGUGAUCACCUCCAUUUUCAGUGUUGCCCUGUAUUGCACAAGCACUGCUUUCUGAGAAAGUGCCUCAUUUUAUACUGUAAUGGGAUUCCCCAUGAAGUUCAUGAACAACUUUCUAAAAAAGGCUUAUUAUCUGCUUAUCUAGUGGAAGUCUUUAUUAGCCAAGAGACAACUACAAAUGAGAUUUAUUUGCUACAUUAAUGUUAAAUAAAUUUUUAAAAAUA